AAUACUUCAUACAAAAGAUCAUAUGACGGAUUAAUCGUAUGAUAGAGUUUUUAAUUAAGAAAUGUCACUACUGUACUGAAGUUUCAAGAUAGGAUAUUUAUCGUAAGAGUGGCUUGUGAUUCUGCGAUUCUCGUGGAUAUCUCCGAUUCUUAAUUAUUCAUGCUUAAUUUUCGACAACAUUUGCGAUUCCCGUGUAACAGAAAGAGCUAUAAAACCUUUUGCAUUCUACACAAUUAUCAUGCACAAUUAAUUUAUUAUUAACAAAAUGCUUUCGGGAGAACUCAGCGAUUCAAGUAUUACCAUGGCCCCCAUGUUCCGCAUCACGUCUAGACAUGUGUCUAUGGAAGCCAAGGCUGUCGACUCGGGUGUCAAUGUCAAGUUGUUCACCUCAAACCCAGUUUUUCAGUAUUACUUUUUGAGAUUUUGUUCUGUUGGGGCAAAGCACUAUAUCACUGGACCUUUGAAUAUCACUGCUUUCACUUUUGAUGACUCUAACAGAGCAUUUUGUAGUGUCAAAUUGAAUGUCCAUAACAUCAGACCUUUGGCCAUUACCGACGAAGAGGGAAACGUCAUUCCCACAGACGCAACAAGAAUCAGACUUCGUGAUAUUGAGUCGUUACCUUUGACGAAGUUCAAAUAUCUGGUUCACAAGUAUGUGUGGGAAAAUAUCAGCAAUGAUAAGAUUGUUUUUGGCAAUACCACAGAGAAGGGUACACACAAUUUGGACUCUUUCGCCAAGGCUUUGUCGACCAUGCAUGACGCUUUAGUGAACAAGAAACUUAUCGUUGGUGGAUUUAAUCCAGUUUCAACGACUGAAAAAAUUUCUCGUCCUGAAACCAAUGCCUAUGGUAGGCCUGUACCCAGGACCACACAGACUGUCUACUCUUACAAUCUUGAAGUUAAGAGAACUGAUUGGAGUGAUCCAGCCUUCACUCUUCAGAAUCUUCUGAACGAAAAUCUUCCUUUCCCUGUUUCCACUUUUUGAAUAAAGAUGCCAUGGAUUGUUAACUUUUUAGCCUUUAAAAUAAAGUUUUGCAUGAAUCGCACAUG